GCGGGACUUCCUGCUGUCUCCUCAGGGCGGCCAUGACAGCUGCUCUUGUUGAGGGCUCACCUGGUGAGAGUCUCUGGCGUUCUGCGUUCAGAUUGAUCUGACGCAACAGAAGGGGCCCGAGGAGCCGCUGACCCUGCUGCACGGUUGCGAGUCCGCGGCUCGGAAACGCCGCCCGGGCUGCCCCGCGCCGGGGACAGAACAGGGACCCCCGGGCCGGCUGUCCGCUCCCCACCCCGAGUCCGAUGACGGCGGCGGCGUCCAGGGCCCCGACGCAGGGCAGGGUGACCUUUGAAGACGUGGCCGUGUACUUCUCCUGGGAGGAAUGGGGUCUCCUUGAUGAGGCUCAGAGAUGUCUGUACCAGGAUGUGAUGCUGGAGAACUUGGCACUUAUAACCUCCUUGGGUUGUAGGCUUGGAGCAGAAGAUGAGGAGGUCCCUGAGCAGAGAGUGUCUGUGCAAGGAGUGUCACAGGUCAGGAUUUUGAAGGCAGUUGUGUCUCCCCAAGAGGCCCAUCCUCGUGAGGUGUGUGGCCAGGACCUGAGAGACAUUUUGCUCUCCACUGAGCACCAGGCAACACUUUGUGGACAGAAUCACUACCAGAUUGGGGCCUGUGAGAAACAGUGGUAUUUUGGUGCAAACCUUCAGCACCAGAAGCAGCACACUGGAGAGAAAUGCUUCAGAAGCAGCAUGGGCAGAGCCUCUUUUGUGAAGGACAAUGAAUUCUGUGUAUCAGGGAAACCUUUUUCCUGUGGGGAGGUUGUGAGGGACAGCUUGGCCACCUCAAGACUGCUCCAGCAUCAGGCCACACACGCCAGGGAGAAGUCAUGCAGGAGAACCGAGUACGGGGCAUCCUCUCGUGGAAGGAAAGCACAACACAACUGGGGAAAAGGCACGCAGGACUUCACUUGCACACAUGCACUUGUUCAUCCCCAGAGAGACCUCUCUAGAGAAAGAUGCUUUAUGUGCAGUGAAUGUGGUAAAUCUUUUAGCAAAAGCUACAGCCUCAGUGACCACUGGAGAGUGCACACUGGGGAAAAGCCUUACGAGUGUGGGGAAUGUGGGAAGUCCUUCAGGCAGAGCUCUAGCCUCAUUCAACACCGGAGAGUUCACACUGGAGCAAGGCCUCACGAGUGUGCUGAAUGUGGGAAAUUAUUUAGCAACAAGUCCAACCUCAUUAAACAUCGGAGAAUUCACACUGGGGAACGGCCCUAUGAGUGUAGUGAAUGUGGGAAAUCCUUCAGUGAAAGCUCUGCACUCCUUCAACACCGCAGUGUUCACACUGGAGAAAGGCCUUAUGAGUGCAGUGAAUGUGGGAAAUUCUUUACCUACCACUCCAGUCUCAUUAAACACCAGAGGGUUCACUCGGGAUCAAGGCCCUAUGAGUGCAGCGAAUGUGGAAAAUCCUUCACUCAAAACUCCAGCCUCAUUGAACACCGUAGAGUUCACAGUGGAGAAAGGCCUUAUAAGUGCAGCGAAUGUGAGAAAUCUUUUAGCCAAAGCUCUGCGCUGCUUCAACAUCGGAGAGUUCACACGGGAGAAAGGCCUUAUGAGUGCAGCGAGUGUGGGAAAUUCUUUACUUACAGUUCCAGUCUUCUCAAACACCAGAGAGUACACACUGGAUCGAGACCUUAUGAGUGCAGUGAAUGUGGAAAAUCCUUCACUCAAAACUCCAGCCUCAUUAAACACAGGAGAAUUCACACUGGAGAAAGACCUUACAGGUGCCACGAAUGUGGCAAAUCCUUUAGCCAUAGUUCCAGCCUCAUUAAGCACGGAAAAGUGCACACUGGAUAAAGGCUUUAGGAGUACAGUGACUUUGGGAAACGUUUGACGUGUCUUCCAUUUCAGUGACCAUUCAAAUUUUCACAUUGAAAAAGGCUUUGUGAGUAUUUGAACGUAGGCUAAUAUUUACCUAGAAGUCCAAGCUCUUACAACACCACGUUAUCUCCUUAAAUGAAAGCCUGUGAAUGUGGUGGCAAUUGUGGGAAGUGGCCAACCAGAGGCUAGCCUCAUUGCACUCCAGAGAACUCGUGGUAGUGAAAGGCCUUCUGAAUGCAGUGACUCUGGGAGAGCCUUCACCCGAAGGACUCACCUCAGAGGAUAUCACAAAUUGCAGAUGGGAGAACUACCUUAAAUGUGCAGGUAUUUAUAAGUGGAAUGUAACAACACUGGAAGAGAUCCCUUGUGAGGGUGCCAUUUGCCUGUGUUGAAGCUCACGCAUUCAAACAUCUGUAUAAAUCCCAGGUGUGCGGCAGCUGCAUCGUACUUUUCCAACCUGCCCAGGGCCAUCCCCCAGUGUCAGGGCAAUUGCUGGAUGACUAAUGAGUUGCCUGAGCGCUGACUCCUUUCCUAUUUUUCCUCCCUGAAGAGAAGGCAUGGAUCUCACCCAGUUUUGUCCUAGAGGAUUACUGGUGAUUUGAAAAGGUGGACUACAUUAUUCGGGGACAUUGUGGUCCUUGUGAAACUCUAUGAUGAUGCAAUCCCCCAGUCUCCAAGUCACCAACCCAGGAACAGUCUGCCUCCCAUCGCUCGUGCUCUGUGACAGUAAAGAUCGUAUUGUUUAAGCCACCAUUAA